AUGUCUAAACGCAAUAUUGUGUUCAAUAAACCUGAAGAUCCAAGUUUUCUCAAGAGAAUCAAAGAAAGUAUUGGCUAUCGUGAAGGUCCCACCGUUGACACCAAGAGACAACGUCUGGAGCAUCCUGAAGAGUCAGAUUCCGAUCCCGAGGUCAAUUGUGAGCGUGAAGAGGAGAAACCGCAAGUUAUUGUGCUGAAACCGGGCGAUUUAACGGCUGACGAAGCUGAGAAAGAGAAGCAAAAGCUCCUGAAAGAGGAAGCUGAAAAACCCGCUGAUCUCAGUCAGAAGAUCAUCUUUAAGCCCAGGACUAAGGGUUCCAGUUCUUCCGGGAAUUCUGGGAAGGAUAAGGAGUCCAAGGGAUCAAAGACCAAGGCUCAGACUUCCAAGCUCUCCUUCAACGAAGAGGAAGAGGAGGACGAGUAG